GCAGUUGCUUUGACACUGUUAUCGGUUGUCAGAUUUAAGUUAUUUCUCUGAUAAGCUAAAACUAGCUCGAGUGCGAAAUGGCUGGAAGAGACAUAAGUAGAGAAGAAGCGUUGUCCAGACUGGACCAAAAACACGCCUGUCACAUCCUGCUGUAUGCAGAUAGCAAAGCUAAACUCUUCGGCAAAAUCCCAAUUAAACAUAUCGUACUGAUGCAGAUGCGCUUUGAUGGUUUACUCGGCUUCCCAGGAGGGCUAGUUAAACCAUCAGAGGAGAGUCUGGAGGCUGGCUUGAGCAGAGAGCUACAGGAGGAACUGGGGGCAGCGGUGUCCGUGUCCGUGAACGACUAUGUGUCAUCUCACCUUGCUCAGUCUCCUCCCCACCUCAUCUUACACUUCUAUAGCAAGAAGAUUACAGAGUCUGUGCUGCUAGAGAUCGAGAGAGCUGCAGUCUCUAAUGCUGUGGAUCACGGCUUUGAGGUGUUGGGUCUGACUAGAGUACCCCUUUAUACCUUGAGGAAUGGUGGUGGUCUUCCUUGGUUCCUGUCUCACUCCUUCAUCAGCAAUUCACGUGCUCAGCUGCUGGAGGCACUGCGGCGUUUGGAAUUGGUGUCACCUCAGAAUCUGGAGGAAGCGGUUAAAAAGGCAGAGGAGAUGAGACACAUAGUCAAAUCUGAUCCUCCACACUGACAAAAUCUCUGCAAACUUCCUCAUAUCAAAAUAAGCAGAACAGCCAUAAUGUUCCAGACAUCUGCUUUCUGGAUCUUAUGUUUAUGUCUUCAUGUCAUUUUGCAUUAAAAAUAAUCAGAAGUACAUCUUGUUGAUCUAUACGCCUGUUAAAUGUGUAUAUAUAUGAAAAAUCUUUUGUUUGAGAUUUUCUGUUUUAUUUUUUAAGGAAAUAAACUUUUAUUUUUUUGUGUUUUGCUUACACACACACACACACACACACACACACACAAACACACAUACACAUCCAGAGUGUUAAU